CUCUCUCCCCGCAGGUGGAAGGUGCGCUGCCGGCGCAGGCGGGGACACAGGCUGGGAGCACGUACUCGCCGACCCAUCUCAGGCGCGCUUGUGAAGCGACUUCCCACCUCAGCCCCGAAUGAGUGAGUGUCCCCGCGGAUCCGGAGCCAGUGCCCCAUGGCCGGGGAAGGGCUGCGCACAAAGGGAGCGGCGGCGGCGGCGGACGAGCCCGGUGGAACGGUGCCGGUGAUGGGCGAGCGGAGGGCGGCCGAGGGCAGCCGCUGCCUGGAGGUGGCCCUGAGCGGGGGAGCGCCGUGGGGAUUCACCCUGCGCGGAGGCCAGGAGCACCGGGAGCCUCUGCUCAUCACCAAGAUUGAGGAAGGUAGCAAAGCGGCAGCAGUGGGGAAGCUUCAGAUUGGAGACGAGUUGGUCAGCAUCAACGACGUGGUCCUGAAUGGCUUCAGGCAAGAGGCGAUCUGCCUUGUGAAAGGAUCGCACAAGGCGCUGAAGAUGGUGGUGAGGAGGCGGAAUGAACCAGUUGAUCGCCCUCAUUCUUGGCAUUCAACCAAGUUCACAGACAGCCCUCAGGAAACGGCCACAAUUCAGUUAUCUUCCAGCGGAAUGCGUUCCUCUUGGCACUCGAGACACCAUGCCACUUCCUCAUCCAACAACCUCGCGGAUCCCUGGGACCAGACCAACCUGCAUCGCGUUUCCCACCAGUUCAGCUCGCUGGGAAGCAUGGACAGUUUGGACCAGCUUGGCCGCUUAUCUCCUGCCAAGUCCAACAACAGCAUGGAGCAGGUAGCCCAGCCGGGCAAGAGGGACUCUGCCUAUAGCUCCUUCUCGACCAACUCCAGCACGCCGGACUACACGCUGUCCUCCUCCCGCGGCGACAACUGUUCCUCCACCGAGAAUGCGCUGAACCGGGUGACCUACUGGGAGGCCGGCUGGCCCGCCGGGGGUCGUGCUUGGCAGGCUGUGCCCGAGCAGGGGGGGCCGGAGGAGAGACAGAGCCGCCUGGCCCCCGAGGACAGGGCCAGCCCCCGGUCAGACGAGCAGCCAGCGUCCAGGCACUUCAGGACCAACAUCGGGCCUGUGUGGCACGUGCCCGAGAAGAGGGCCACACCUGACAGCCGGCCCUCCAGGAGGGCCUCCCCUCCCCCCCCACUGCCCACCCGCAGCGACAGCUACGCUGCAACCAAAGUCCAUGGGGGUGGGGGACAGCCUGAGGGGAGCGGGCUCCCUCGGCAGCCGGGGCCCUGGGGAGACUGGGAGGGGACGGAAGGCCCGGGACGCAGACAACAGGCCUCCUCCCCUCCCUCAGCCUGGCUUCCCCAACAGGGACAGGCCUCGUACCCUCCCCGUCACACACGGCAACGGAGCGACGAGGCGGCCUGGCCUCGUGGCGACAGAUCCUCGAGGGCGGCACUUUACCCUGGCCCCCAGCUGGCAGAGGCCACCCAGCGACAGGAUCCUGGCCAGAGCAGAAUGGCACCCCCUGCCCCCCAGGAUGACGUUGCCACCUCCGAGGCUGGGCAGACCAGGUACUUCUGCCUCACUUCCAGGUCACCCCACCAGGUGGCGGCGGUGACCAAGAUGCGGCUGGAGUCGCCAGGCCCGGCCCACCCCUCGGCUCCUGCCCCCAGCCUCAGCGCCAGCACCAAUGCUCAACCCAGGCACCAAUCUGAGGGGAGCAGGGGCAGGGCUGGCCUGGAGGAAGUGGGGCAGAAGCCGGUCCUGGAUGGCCACAGUGGGGAGGGGGGCUGCCGGCAGAGCCUAGGGCAGGCCAGGGAGCACUGUGGGCUGGAUCUAUGGCAGGCAGGGGAUCCGCGUGGACUUGCUCAAGUACAGGCUGUGGAGCCCCAGGGGAUGGGCACAGGGAAAGCUAGGGAUCCUCAGGGGCUGGGCCUAGUGCAGGCUGGGGAGCCACGUGGGCUGGAGAUAUGGCAGGCCAGAGAACCCCAUGGGUUAAGUUCAGGGCAGGCCGGAGAGCCACAUGUGGUAAGCUUAGGGCAGGCCAGGGAGCCCUGUGGGCAGGAUCUAUGGCAGGCCAGGGAUCCUCGUGGGCUGGGACAGGGGCAGGACAGGGAGCCUCACAGGCUAAGCCCAUCGAACGAGGGGAUCUGCCCCCUACAGACGCCAAUGCUUCACUCACUAACCCAGGAGAGCAGGAGGUCCCAGGGUGAGCUGGGCCCAGCCACUAGGCCUCAGCGGCGUGGCGACCGCUUUGCCACCGUCCUGCGCAACGAGAUCCAGAGCAAGCGAGCCCAGCUGCAGAAGAGCAGGAGUGCCACUGCCUUAACCGGCGGCCCGGAGGAGCAAGAGCCCAUCCCUGUCUCACCGCCCCCUGGCUCCUCUCCCGCCACCUACAAGGACGACCUGAAGGAGGCGCAGGCCCGCGUCCUGAGGGCCACCUCCUUCCAGAGGAGGGACCUGGGUCCUCUGGCUGUCCCCCGCCCCUCUACCUCGCCCAACAUCUGUCCUCCCCCUCGUCCCAGCCCAGUGCCCGGGAGCUGGCACCCGCCCACCCCACCCUUGCCGAGCAACCCCCAGGCUCCAGGCCGAGCGGCCGGGGGUCACCAGCUCGGGCGGGUGGGCGGCAGGAAGAGGCUGACACAAGAGCAGAGGUUGCGGUCCUACUCUGAGCCCGGCAAGAUGAACGAGGUGGGGGCUGCCGAGGAAGGGGAGGGGUCCCGUGUGCCGGGCCCCGCUGCCCCACCUCCCUCCUCCGUGGCCGACAAGCGGCACUUCUUCGAGGUGGGCGCCAGAGGGGCCGGACCUUCGACAGCCUACAGCAGGCCGGCACCCAGGCAGGGCUCCCAGCCCCCCCUCGGCGAAGGGGGCCAGCGGCAAGAUCGAGCCGGCGGCUACGAGGCAGUCUGGCACCCAGAGUCCCAAGGGCGAGAUCGAGCUGCCUCGCUGGGAAUCGACGGCUGGCCCGACCGUCCCCAAAGAAGGCCCGACAAGGUCGGGAGCUGGUCGCAAGGGAGCACCGGCUCCAGCCCCAUCUGCCCCCCCGACAGGACGAGGCAGGGCGGGGAGAGCGGGGCCGGGGGGCGUGAAGCCGAGUCCCAGCGGUUGGGAACCUUCGCCGAGUACCAGGCCACCUGGAGGGAGCAGAAGAAGCAGCCGGAAGCCAGGAGCUCUGGCAGGUACCACUCUGCGGACAACAUCCUAGACCAGAGCUUUCAGGAGCCUGCUAAGCCGCAGUACGUGCACGAGAGGUCACGGUCUUCACCUUCCACUGAUUUCUACGCACAGGGUAUUCCCAUUGAAGUGAGGAGAGGUCCAGAGAGCUUCCAGAAGGCGAUGGCUCAUUCUGGGACCGAAGCUGGUGCAAGUGCUCCCAGGCGGCACCUGGAUUCUGCGAGCUUGGAGAAUAACUCGGAGGGACGGCAUUUCCAGUUGGAGACAACGUGUGAGGAGGCCUGGUCGGAGAGGAAUGCCCAGAGGAGUGAGCAUCUGCCUCAGGAAAGACAUGGCCAUCCAGUCGGCAUGAUGAGCAGGCACCACUAUCCCGAGGAGACCGAGGUCCAAGGGGGAAGGCAGGCUGAGGCGGACAGUCCGGAGUCCUGCCCCAGAGGCCGGGACCUGAGCAAGAACUGGUCAGCAGCCGAGGAUCCGGAGGACCCGCCGCCGGCCAACAGGAAGCGAGGGGCCCAGACGAGAGCGGACAAGUGCCGGCAGCAGGACCUCCCGCCUUCGGGGGGAGCCGCAACGCCCCAGCCAACGAUGAUUCUGCCCGACCAGACGUGGGAGGGAGCGGCCCAGGCCUCAGCCGACUGCACCGGCCUGGUGCCAGGCUGUGUGACAAGCGGUGGGAGUGACGGGUCGGGGACUGGGCUGGCCGAGUACUCCAGCCGCUCUGAGAUCGCACAGGGCAAAGUGGACAGCGCUGAAACCUCUGCAUUUCACUGUCCGCACAGGCCAGUGCUGGAUACACCUCGCUCUCCCUCUCCGCAGUUUGCACCGCAGAGACUGACCGAUAAACCACCAGUAACUCUGGAGGACGACGGCCUGACCAGGAUCGAGAAAGUGACUGAAAACAACAAGACGGUCAAGAAGGUGCCGAUUAAGAUAGUACGGUCGGAAAGCCAGACUGAGAAGGAGAGCCGACACAACCUCCUGAACAACGUAGACCUCGUCGGCUACCCCAAGAAAGAAGAGCAGCCCAAAGCCCUCGGGAGCCGCGAGCAUCCUUACUCCCUCUUUGCCGCGUAUUCCCGGCAGGAGCAGGAGCAGCCGGCUGAGGCGGAUUGGAGGGCCAGUGAGCACACAGGGGCAGGUGACUCGGGGCCCGGUGAGGAGGCCUCUUCUGUGUCUGAUUGCCCAAACUCGAGGGAGAAGAGCGUGGAGGACAUCAAGUCUGAAGAACUGGUGAGGGAGAUUGUCGUCAAAGACCGAUCCCUGGCUGACAUUUUGUACCCUAACUCUAAAAUGAAGACCACCAUGGACCUGAUGGAAGGGAUAUUCCCCAAAGAUGAGACCUUCAUGGAAGAAGCCCAGCAACGCAGGAAGCUGCUUCCUCGACCGCACUCGCCCAGGGUCACGGAGGAAAGGGAAGAGACCAUACCCAUUGGAGUGUCCCUAACCACAAGCUCAAUAUACUACAGCACAUCUGCCCCAAAGGCCGAGUUGCUGAAUAAGAUGAAGGACAUGCAGCAGCAAAUGGAGGAAGUGGAGGACUCUGAAGAUGAGCUGAACAAUGACCUCACCGAAAAGAAGCAAGAGCUGAUCGACAGUAUAAGCAAGAAGCUGCAGGUGCUGCGGGAGGCACGGGAGAGCCUGCAGGACGACAUCCAGGGCAACAACCAGCUGGGCGACGAGGUGGAGGACGUGGUGAAGAAGGUCUGCAAGCCCAACGAGUUUGACAAGUUCAGAAUGUUCAUCGGAGAUCUGGACAAGGUGGUCAACCUAUUGUUGUCGCUGUCUGGCCGGCUGGCCAGGGUGGAGAACGCCCUCAACACCUUGGAGGAGAGCGCCUCUCCCGACGAGCGGCGGACCCUCACUCAAAAGCAGAAACUCCUCACGAGGCAGCACGAAGACGCGAAAGAGCUGAAGGAGAACUUGGACAGGAGGGAGCGGCUGGUGUUUGACAUCCUGUCCAGCUGCCUGACCGACGAGCUCCUCCAGGACUACGAACAUUUUGUGAAAAUGAAAUCGGCCCUCACCAUUGAGCAGAGGGAGCUGGAGGACAAGAUCAAGCUGGGGGAGGAGCAGCUGAAGUGCCUGCUGGACAGCCUACCCCUUGACUGCAAACCAAAGUAGAAUCCAAAGGGUUAACCCUAAAUGGACAUUGAAGUGCUUUCAGCCUGUGUUCCCCAUUUCCUGCCGGUGUGAGUGGUAUAGCUGGAUCUGUACACCCGGGGAGCUGAGAGCUCGCGACUAAAUGCCUGAAGGACUGAGAUACUGAGUUGAAGCUUGAGACCCUGUCAUUGAAACUGUAAUGUUCAUAAGCUUCUGGGUGUUCAGUCACAAACACUAAAAUUCUCUAUUCUGUUUCCACCUUCCCUCCAAAAUUGACCAAAUCUUGAAUUGAAAAGAAUGCAAAGAACAUCUUCGUUAUGACUGUCGAACAAGAAUCUGGUACUUUGUCACCCUGUAUUCUAAUCGGUACAGGAUGUUUCCUUUACGUAAAUAUUACACAUUCAUUAAAUGAUGUGACGACUGAAUUGUUUUUAAAAAAUGUGCAUAAAAUUAAUUUAUUGUGGCAAAACUAAAUAAAUAGGUGGUUACAGAAGCCAACA